ACCCAAGUAGUAACCACUUGAUGAAUGCACCUGAAAAAGAUGAAAGCUAUCUCCCAUUUUGAGUGCGCACGUUUGCGGCCGCCGCGUGCGGAUGUCCGGGAGACUUCCGCCGCCGCGUUGGAUCUCAAGAGCUUCGCGAGAGGCAGUGAUGGUUCGGCGGGCGGAGGGACGCGGUGGAAUCCGACGGAGGAGCAGAUAGGGGUGCUGGAAAUGAUGUACAGGGGCGGGAUGCGAGCCCCGAACGCCCGGCAGAUCGAACACAUCACAGCUCAACUUGAGAAGUACGGGAGGAUCGAGGGGAAGAACGUUUUCUAUUGGUUUCAAAACCACAAGGCGCGCGAGAGGCAGAGGCAUAAAAGGAACGCCGCCGCCUACUCCUCCGCCUCUCCGUCGUCGUCUUCGUCGUCCUUCAACCACCACCACCACCACCGCGGCCGCCGCCAACAUAUUCAUUCACCGCCGGCGCAACUUACUUUGGACCCCCUACUCAUGGCGGUAGGAGAAACAUCAUCUAGGAGGGAGGGGGAAGAAAUGGUUGCUAGUCCAAUCAAGAAAAAGUGGAACUCAUUUGAAGAGAUGAAAUUGGAAGAGGAGGAGGACGAUAAAACCCUUCAACUCUUCCCAUUGCAUCCUGAAUUUAAUUGGAAGAUCCCAUAGAUUGAUCGUGGAGGAAUUCGUCAUAUCAGUUCAUUCUUUUAAUCUCAUAAUCUAUUUUAGAUCAAUUAGUUACUUUACUUUUUUUUAUACUUAGUGCUUAGUGGGAUAUGCUCUAUGUAGUAAUAAAAGGUGGAGGACUUGAUCAUAUUUCUUUGUUUUGUUUAGCCUAUAAAAGGCACACUAUUGCUAGAUGAAAUACAUAGGAGAGAGUAUCUGGUGAGACUAAAAGCUAAGGUCUGAAACUAAAGAUCUCGAGGCAACAAAUCAUCAAUGAAGAAAAAAUUCCAAGAACAUACAAAGACGAAGAGGAUCCAAGUACAGGAAUUACUUGUAGAGUAUGUAUCACUUCAAAUGAAGGGCUACUAAGUAUGUUUCCAGAGUCAUGACGUUGCUGGGUGAAAUGAUUAGAUAAGCAAAUGUGUAAUUGUUGAGAAAAUACUUCGAUUUAUGACACCAAAAUACUAGUUCAAUGUUUAUAUGUGUCAUUGAGGAAGGAAAUGAUACAUCCACAAUGGCAUUGGAUGAACUUAAAAAUUCAUUAUUGACUCAAUAACAAAAAAUCAAUCAACAAGUCAAUGAAGGUGGACAAGCAUUAAAAGCGUGAUGAGGGU